AUGAAAAUGCAAUGGUUUUACAUUUGUACAGCAACUUUAUUUGCAUGCUACGUUUUAACGAAGUUAGUGAGAAGGUUUAAUGGAUGGUACUAUCAUCUCAAACUAAGAAACAAACAAUACCCUUUGCCUCCUGGUGACAUGGGAUGGCCUCUUAUUGGAAAUCUUUUCACAUUGAUCCAAGAUUUCAAAAAUGGCCAACCUGAUUCUUUCAUUACCAACAUUAUGCUCAAAUAUGGACGAAAUGGUAUCUACAAAAAUCACUUGUUAGGAACUCCAAGUAUCAUAAUUUGUGAGCCUGAGAUGAGUAGAAGAGUGCUCUUAGAUGAUGUAAACUUUAAACCUGGUUAUCCGAAACCCGUUGCGAAGUUACUACAAUCGAAAUUCGCAGUGGAUGGAUCUAAAGCCGAUCAUAGGCAUUUUCGAAGCCAAUUUACUCCUCCCAUUGUGGACAACAAGGGACUCGAAAUGUUCUUAGAACGUAUCGAGGACAUUGUUGUACAUUCAUUAGAAGAAGUGUCUAGUAUGAAGCAUCCCGUUGAGCUGUUGAAAGAAGUGAAGAAGGUUUCUUUUACAGCUAUUGUCCAUGUUUUCAUGGGCUCUUGUAAUCACAAUGUUGUUAAAAAGAUUGAAAGUUUAUUCGAGGAUUUGAUGAAUGGCUUGAACUCUCUUCCCAUUAAUGUUCCUGGUUUUACUUUUCACAACGCACUCAAGGCACGGGAGAAGAUAGUGAAAAUAUUAGAACCUCUUGUGAGUGAAAGGAGUAAGAAGAUAAAAAAUGGGCAACAUGAGGGAGAGAGAAAAGAUUUUAUGGAUAUUCUAUUAGAUAUGAAAGAUGUGAAUGGUAGAAAAAUGGAGGAUGGAGAUAUCAGUGAUUUGUUAAUAGGACUAUUAGCUGCUGGUCAUGAAUCUACAGCUACUGGGAUCAUGUGGACAAUCAUAUACCUUACAAACCAUCCACAUUUCCUCAAAAUAGCCAAGGAAGAGCAAGAAGAGAUAUUGAAGACAAGAGCAGAUUCGCAGAAAAGAUUGAGUUUUAGUGAAGUAAAAAAAAUGGUGUAUCUUUCUAAAGUAAUCAAUGAAAUGUUAAGAUGUGUGAACUUCCCCUUUUCAAUAUUUCGGGAGGCUAAAUCUGAUGUUCACAUAAAUGGUUAUCUGAUACCAAAAGGAUGGAGAGUGUUAGUGUGGAUAAGAGCUCUUCAUAUGAAUUCUGAAUAUCAUUCAAAUCAUCAACAAUUUAAUCCAUCCAGAUGGGAUGAUCAUACAAUUAAAGUAGGGACCUUUCUUCCUUUUGGAGCAGGAAGUAGGCUUUGUCCGGGUAGCAACUUAGCAAAACUUGAAAUUUCUGUAUAUCUUCAUCACUUCCUCCUUAAUUACAGGUUGGAGCGAAUGAAUCCAGAAUGUUGUAAUACUAACUGGCCAAUCUAUUUGCCAACUGAUAACUGUCUUUCUAAGGUGAUAAAGGUUGCACGUGUUUAGCUACUUGUUUGUAAGCUACUAUAUUAGUUUGUCUUUCUUAUGUUCAGACUCAUGAAUUAUUUUGGUUAAUGAUGUUGUUUUAAGUUUCUUGUAAUGAAGUGAGUAAAUUCACGGUAUU